CAUGGAAUUUGUAUCAAACUUUAACAAGCUGCCCACAGAAUAUUACAGCAACCCUAACAAAUUUUAAACCAAAAUUGUGAAAGAAUGAACGGUUUUACUAUAAACCUCUUCCUCUCUGCGUUCUGUCUCGCAUCCUUGACUUCAACGUGUCGGGGUAAUUUUGCGGUUAGAAUUUCCCCCACGUCGUCUACCAUCAGUGGGAGUCAUCAACUGGUCAUUACCCCUGAACUCAGAAGACAAUUUGGUAUCCCUAACGAGUCCGAUUUGAAGAACGGAGUACGAAUCGAUUUCGGUAAGACCCCGAAUGACGCCUUCGUCAAAAGCCGCACCCCUUGGAAUGACCUCUACAGCACCUAUGGAUGGCAACAAGUGACCUCCCGGAUGACGGGGCAACUUGGGUCCUCGUUAACAGAGCGGGAGACCACGAGCGUCAUAGCUACAAACGACUACACGAACGAGAGCGAGCUAAACGUGACGAUCAGGGAGACCUUGUCGCACGCCAUUUUGGACUCGGUGGAAACCACUUGGAGUGGAGAAGUUGCACUAGGAGCGAGUCAUAAUUUCGACAUUGACGUCCUCUUCAUAAAAGGGUCAGCCACUUUGACCCUCAACACCAGGAUUGGGUACUCCAACAAGAAAACUCAAUCCUCAACUGUGGGAUCCAGUACGGAAGUUACACUAAUCUUAAAACCAAAGAGCUCCGUUACUGUCGAGAUUGUCUCAAAGAUAGGUGAAGGUGAGGCUAGGAUGAGAUACAACGCCAGGUUGGAGGGUUACGUGGCAACAAAUUACAAUCCAAAGUACAAGAAUCAUCAUUUCUGGGGAAUUCCGGUAACCAGCGUGCUUCGCGCACUAGGAAAACCCAACCCAACCAUUGUCACGCAAACGAUUAAGAGUUCAGUCUACUUUACUAAAUCAGUUGUCGUUAGGGAUCGUAGAUCCAGGGCAGUUUUACGUGAGUUUGACGUCAACAAUCGGGACCAAGUCGAAAUUUAUGAAAUGGAGGAUGGCAGUUUUUACGUGGAAGAUGAUCAAGUUAUUGGUGUGAACUAGGCAAGGGAAUUAGGAAUGGGACGCAACUGUACAUUGACCUAUAUCAAAGUAUUUAAUUAUUUCAAUAAAUAUCUAUGAACACAACAAUUGUAACCAAUUUUAUAGACAUUUACGUAUUCCUUGAAUUGUCGGUAGAAUAAUAAUGCUAGUUUUUCUAAUGUAAUAUUCAGAUCUUGAUUGGACUAACUUUUUCACCAUCAAAAAUGUGCGAAAACGUAUUUUUUGCUCUAAUUAAAGCGGAAGGCGGGAUCU